AUGCAAUUGAGUCCUCCUAGUCCGUCCCGCAGCAGGGGCGGUUCCAGCAGGCUCCUUGGCGAGGAAAAAAAAACGGCGAGUCGUCCUCCUAAGGGGUCUUAUCUCCCUUCCGAACUGCUGAUCGGAGGCUGCAGCUCGCGCUGGUCACCCUCGAUCCCCUUGGCGAAUCCGCAUCCUGGGGGGGAUGGCGAAGCCGCCCCCCCCCUGGGGGGCCCCCCCGCACCGCCAGCCUUCGGGAAAGCAGGCUCCUCCCCGCCUCCCGGAGGUGACCUUCUCUCGCCUCCCUGGGAGCCAGAGGCGAAAGAGCUCGACGCAGGGGGCCCCUCGGAUCAGCGCCUGUCGCUUUUGAGCACAGCCAGCGAAAGCACAGCCGUCUCCCUGCUUACUGGCGCUCUCCUUAGCCCAGCCGAGUGUCUCGGGGGGGGGCCCCCCUCGAGGAGCCCAGCCUCCCCGCUCAGCCCAGCCUUCUUGCUCGUGGGGGACCAAGGCAGUGGGGGCCCCUCAACUGUCUCUUCCCACAGGCCUAGUUUCCAAGACGGGCUGUCUCCGGCGCCGCAGCUUGCCGACGUGCUGCAAGGUCGUCUGCUGCUGGCCCCUCCGGAGCGGCAACACGAGGCGCUGCAGGCUCUCGGGUGCAGCGCUCGGGAGAGCAGCUGCAAGCAGCAGCCGUUGCCGCGCUUGCUCAUCGAAGGUGAGGAGGGUGGCGGCAAAUCUAGGGGCCUCCCCGAGGAGGGCUUGCGAGGCUCCCGCGGGAGGCGAGCUCCCUGCUGCCACCACGGCGCAGAGCCAUUCGUGGCUCCUGCAAUGCAGCCGGCUUUCCAGCGGCGAAUGCCAAAUGCGUCCUGUCUCCUCCCUCUGAACGCCGCUAUUCACCAAAACUCUUGCAGUAGCAGCUCUGCAAGUAGCAGUGCCACCUUUCAAGGAUGCGGCGAUGAGGAAGUGCCGCCUCCCCAACAGCAACUGCUGCAACUCCAGCAGGGGGGGCCGCGUAGUGCAGCCGAAGGCAGCAGCAGCGGCGCCGAGGGCUUGUGGAGACUCCCCGGAGACUCUGCAGUGGAAGCACUUCUUGCGUUGUUGCAGCAGCAUCCAGCCCAAAUCCAACCCGGCCGGCAGCAGCAGCAGCAACAGCAACAGCAGCCACUGGAUCUCGUGCCUUCCAGGAAGGCCUCUCCCGCGGAGGGGCCUUUCAACUCUUGGCACAGUCGGGAGCUUAUAGAACCACGACAGCGAGGGCUUUCAGAGCAGACGUCUGCUACCGUUGCUGCUGCGGCUGCAGUCGAUGAUAAUGCCCCUCAACUGGAAUGCCCCAGAGGCGACAGCAACGCGCCAGGCGGUAACAGUGUAGCAGAUGGGCUGAAGGAGGGAACUGUUGAAUCGCAAGUCUUGCUGCACUUGAUGCAGCGCUUGGAGGAAGGCGGCACAGGAAGUCGCGUGUCGCUCUCGCUUCAGCAGCAGCAGGAUGCCAACAUUCAAAGGAUGACAGAGAGCCUAGGGCUGCUGGAUCUCAGCGAGGACAGCAGCGCCGGCAGGAAGGUAAGUUCAUUCAAAGGUUCCGGCGUGCCUCCUGCGAAACAGCAGCCGCAUCAACAGCAACAGCUCGCUGAAGAGCAGCUUUUGAUGCUGCCGUCUUGCUUGAAAAAAAAUAGCGAAGUGUGUGAGGAGGGACGCUUUGGAGCUGGUGGCCGACAGCGGCGCCGGAGAGAGAGACGCAAAGAAGGGAGAUUUUCUGUCUCUUCUACCGCAGGACGCGAUCCUCUAGAGUUUUCUACCAACGCCCUAGGAGCCAACAUCAUCGUGCAAGUACUCGAUAAUGCCACGGAGGAUGCGAGGAGGCUGCUGCUGACGCAGUUGGUGCCCCACAUCCGAAGCCUCUCAGCAGACGCUGCUGGGAGCACCAUCGUGCACAAACUCUUGGAAAUCUGCCCUUCGGAGGAGAAGAAACUGCUGCAUGCGCAGCUGCUUAUAGACGUCCAGCGGUUGUCUUUGCGGACUUAUGGUUGCCGCGUCAUCCAGAAGGCCCUUCAUACUCUUGAUGAGGACGACCGAGUGACACUGGCGAGGGGUCUGGAGGGCAGUGUGUUGACUUGCAUCGGUGACCAGAACGGAAACCACGUCAUACAAAAGUGCAUCGAAAGGCUGCCGAGGGGCGGUGCUCAGUUUGUCUUGGAUGCAAUUGCGGGACAGGAGGCGAGCCUCGCCUCCCACUGUUACGGCUGUCGGAUCAUUCAGCGUCUUGCCGAGGCUUGUGACAUUGAACAAAUCACCCCGAUGCUGGAUGCAGUCAUGGCUUCUCUGCGCUCUUUGACUGAAGAUCAGUUCGGGAACUACGUCAUUCAGCACCUCCUAGAAUACGGAAGACAACGAGAUAAGGAGGAAAUCGUGGAGCUGCUGAAGGCCAACCUGUCGAAACUCGCUACUCAGAAAUACGCAUGCAACGUUGUAGAGAGGGCGUUAAGCCUCAACACGCUUGGUCGAGCGCAGUCCGAGCUGCUAGCGGUCGCGCUGCAUCCCGACACACAAAAGGGAGCCCCCGUCACCGCUCUCAUGCUUGACAGAUAUGGCAACUAUGUCGUCCAGCGGAUGGUGGAGGUUGCAGAAGGGAAGCAGCGAGAGGUCCUCUUUCGCCGUUUGCUUGAUCACCUGCCCCUCCUGCGCAGCUGCACAUACGGAAAACACAUUGUCGCCGCUUUGGACCGUCUAGAGGUUGGCGGUGUCUCGUCAGGGGAGGCAUUGGCGAGCUCGUCGGCAACGGACAGCAGUGCAAGUGCAGCGCUACCAGCUCGACGCCGAGGAUCGACUCAGCAGCAGCAGCAACAGCCGCAGCAGCAGCAGAAACAAGCAGGGCUUGUGUCACCUUCUGUGAGCCGGCGUAAGACGGUCCCUCAAGAUGCUCGCAGCCAAAAGCAAGGAAGAAAACGGCAAGUGUCUCCCAGGCAGGCGGCACGAUCAAGUGCAGCGACGGGUUUGGGGGGCUUUGAAGACAUCUCCCUGGAAGCUCCCAUCGAUUACAGCAUUUCGAGAGGAUGGCAGCAGCAUCACUUGAGGAAAGCCUCAGGACCCCCCCCCCAACGCAGUACUAGAGACGGAGGAGGAGGGUCUCCUCCAGGAGGUCAUAUAGGACUGCAGCAGCGGCAGCAGCUACUGCGGCUUCUGGAUGGCCAGUCUGGUGUUACCGCCUGCACUUCCGAGGAAUUGCAGCUGCAGUUGGAUGUAUCUCCGACUGCGGCGCUCCUGGGGCAAGACAACCGGGGGGCCCCUUUUGCACAGGCAGAGCCCAGUACCUGUGGACGAGGCGAACGACAGGAGGGCCCCUCCGUUCUUGCCGCCAGCAAUGGCCUUUCGGACUUGCUUGGGAUAUGGAGGAAGCAGCAGCCUUCAUUGUUUAACGGCGGAUCUGGCGUAUGCCAGCCAGCGCUGGUAGAAAGCAGCAGCAGUCCAGGUAAGGAGGGAACAGGCAGUUCUGCAGGCAUUCAAAAUGAGUGGGGGUGGGGGCGGACGCCCCUCUUUUACCACCAGCCUCCUCCUCCAACGUGGUAA